UGCUUCCUCCACAGAAGAAAUCCAGAACAUCCCAGAAAUCUUUUGGAUUAGGGCAAAGCGAUUUUAGAUUAAGGAUUUACUUUUCUACUGCGACUUGGAGACUUCGCUUUCCGGCAGAAUUUCGAAUUUAGUGGGAAAAUUUUGAGUUCCUUGUGGAGUACAGUUUUUCAGUAACUUUAUUGGGGACAUAGAAAAAAUGACAAAUAAUAGCACUGCCCUUGCAUUUAGUGGUGGAUAGAGGACCUCGGAGGAAUGUCAGACUUGUGCAUGUAUGAGGCCUGGCAUUCAAGUUCUCGCUCGCGAAGAAGCUCCUAAGAAGGAUUCUAAUGUGGACUGAUUAGGACUUUCUGCAACUUUUGGAGUUUGUGAGAGAGGAUCCCGGUUCAACUCCCACGAGUUUGAGAAAUUUGGAUCACUCCCACUCUUAACUCGAGACAAAUUUCGAGUAUAAAAAGUCUGAUUCUCGAAAAAGCUUGAAGAUAAUGUGUGGGACGAAUUUGGUGAGAGUGAUGAUCAUAUAGUCCCUCAUCCUACUGAUGAAUAUAGGCAUCAAUAUGCAGUUCAGCCAGAUAGCCGGAAAAAACGACGACAUGAUAUGAUUGAUAUUACAAGCAAUGCAGAUAAUAGUAAGUAUAUUAUUCAGGGAAAGGAAGAAAAAAGAUUUCCAUCUACGAUCAAGGAGGAUACAAUGUUAGAAAAGGAGUCUUGGGCUCACACACCUGAUAGUAUGUUUCCUGUUCCAUGUGAUGGUGAUUCAGUUAAAGACAUGAAGAGUAUAUCAUCUGAGGACUCAAGGAUGUCCAAUAAUGGCUUUAAGAGUGGCAAUAUGGAUUCCAUUGGGACAGAAUUUUGCACUGAUAAUCCUAUUUUAGGAGGUGGAUCUACUGCAACAGGUAGCGACUUGUUUCCCUAUCCACUUAAUCAUAUCUCCCAAACAGAGAGCGACCUCAGCUUUUUUGAUAAUGGUCGUGAAGACAAAGAAAGCAGCGAUCUCUUUUAUGGCUGGCCUGAUAUCGAAAAUUUUGAGGAUGUUGACAGGAUGUUCAGGAGCUGUGAUUCAACUUUUGGGUUGGGAAGCCUUAGCAAUGAAGAGAAUUUGUGCUGGUUUCCAUCUUCACAUACUGCUGAAGAUUCUGAAGAUGCAUUAACAUCUAAUUCAAAAUUGACUAGCAUAUCAGAACAUCAAGAACCUGCUAGGCCAAACAAUCAGGGGUCUUCAACUGAUGAUUCUUGCAAAAGAAAUGCAAUUAUGAAGGACAAAAUGACUGGGGAUGUUGCUCUUGACUAUUUAUCAUCUAUGAAUAUGGCGAAUGCAAAAUCUGUAGACAAGAAUGAGUUAAUUCUCAUUGAGCAGCCAAAGUAUAUGAAUCAAUCAGAGGGAAAAAGAAAGGGACGACCCCUGGAAAAUGGUGGUUCUUUCAAUCACACUGAUAAUUUGAAGCAAAAAGCUGAUGUAAAGAAUUUGUUUGGAGAUUCAUCUUGUCAAGCUUUUUCUUCACCAGCCUUUCAGCUACUCAAAGAGAAUGCAGGUCCGGACUCCUUAAAUUACAUGCAUAUGCAUGUUCCGUAUCCCCAUUUGAACUAUGGUCAUUCUUCAGAACAAAUGCCAAUCAGCCCCAUCAUAACUGGAAAAUCAGGGGAAAACGUUUACCCAUCUUCUUCACCAAAUGAGUCUUCCUAUGCAUCAAAUCAAGCACAGGCGACAGACAGCAUUCCUGGUCCUGUUGUUGAGGCUAAUGCUACACCGGCAAGUGAAAAGGGAAGAAAGGCGCAUAAGUGCCAAGAUUUACAAGUUUCAUUCGUUAGAAAUAUCAACCAUCCAAAUAUGCAAAAGAUGGUGGGAUUUUCUGAUCCAGUGUCUAUCCAGAAGCAAGUCAAUCUGUCUGAAACAGAGGUUGAUGGUCGGAACGAAGUUGACGGAGAUGGUUUGGGUAUGGAUGCAGAAUUAGAAUCAUCAUAUACACAGGGGGGCUCUUGUGUGAGCUCUGUGUUGGAUGAAAUCUCACUAGAAGCAACUAGUUUUCGCCAGCUACAACACGUCAUGGAACAGUUGGAUCUUAGGACAAAACUGUGCAUCAGGGAUAGCUUGUAUCGCUUGGCUAGAAGUGCUGAACAAAGACAUAAUUGGAUGAAUUUAAGUGGCAAUGCCGGAGAUGAUAGAGAUGUGAAUCAAUCGCCGACAACUGAAGAAAAAAGCAACUGUGCUGGAUUUAUGGAUAUCGAAACUGAUACAAACCCCAUAGAUCGAUCAAUAGCACACUUGCUGUUUCAUAGGCCGUCAGACCCAUCUAUGAUGCCUGUCAACGAUAGUUUGUCAUUAAAAUCUCAAGCCAUGAUUCAUGGGCCUACAAUUAUUCCACCUGUGAUGGCUGAGGAACAGGAAGAAACAGUCACUGGAAGGGAUAAGAAGAUGCUAACAAGUAAUGAUAAAUAUUGAGGAAGCCGUGAGGAGCAAUGAUUUUAUGGUUUAUCUAUUUUUGAUUCACUGAACAAGAUCAUGUAUCAUAACAACAUAUUCCAUGGCCUCAAGAUAGAUGCCAGGUUUGUUUUCCAUGUUCUGGGUUUCACUUAUAAUAUUUAUGCUCUAAUCCAUGUUGGUAUGUACUUGUCCCUAAUGCUUUGAGAGGGUACCAUUUAUUUUUCUCA